AGGGAGGAUCCAGGACAAUGGCCGAUGCUCAUGAUUUGGAGCUGGAAAGUAUGAACCUGGAUAUGGAGAGAGAGAUGAAACAAGAGCUGGAGGAAGAAGAAAAAGUGGGGGAGAACAGGGGAGGUAAGGCUCCUUCCAAAGAUAAAAAAGUCCACAGGAUUGUCUCAAAAUGGAUGCUUCCUGAAAAGGCCCGAAGAUCAUACUUGGACAGAGCUAACUGCUUCCCACCCCCUGUGUUCAUCAUCUCCAUCAGCCUUGCUGAGCUGGCAGUGUUUAUUUACUAUGCAGUGUGGAAGCCUCAGAAACAGUGGAUUACCUUGGACACCGGCAUCUUGGAGAGCCCCUUUAUCUACUCUCCUGACAAGAGGGAAGAAGCCUGGAGGUUUAUCUCAUACAUGCUAGUACAUGCUGGAGUUCAGCACAUCUUGGGGAAUCUUGUUAUGCAGCUUGUUUUGGGCAUCCCCUUGGAAAUGGUCCACAAAGGCCAUCGAGUGGGGCUAGUGUACCUGGCAGGGGUGAUUGCAGGUUCCCUUGCCAGUUCCAUCUUUGAUCCACUCAAAUAUCUUGUGGGUGCUUCAGGAGGAGUCUAUGCUCUGAUGGGAGGCUAUUUUAUGAAUGUUUUAGUGAAUUUUCAAGAAAUGAUUCCUGCCUUUGGAAUUGCCAGACUACUGAUCAGCAUCCUCAUAAUUGCAUCAGAUAUGGGAUUUGCUCUCUACAGAAGAUUCUUUGUCCCUGCAAACGGGUCACCGGUGUCUUUUGCAGCUCACAUUGCAGGUGGAUUUGCUGGAAUGUCCAUAGGAUACACUGUGUUUAGCUGCUUUGAUACGGCACUGCUGAAAGAUCCAAGGUUUUGGAUAGCGAUUGCUGCUUAUUUAGCUUGUUUCGUAUUUGCUGUGUUUUUCAAUAUUUUCCUAUCACCAGCAAACUGAUUCAUCUCAAAUAUAAGCCCAUUAAUAAAAAGAGUCAUCUGGGGGAAAAAAAAAACAAAAAAUAAAGAACUCAAGAAAUAGAAGAAGUUCUAGCAAAUGCUAAUGAUUUUACAAACAGGAUAAAACAUAACCGAACUCAUAAGUUGCAAGGACCAUAUACAAAAAAAAAUUUAGGGCUAAAGGAAGAGGCUUCUGAAAGCAAAGGGAAGGAAAUGGAAGAGGGAAAGGGAGGGUAGUGAACACCAGAGAUUGGGUCUUCUCCAGGCAUACGGUAUGCAGGUAUGUAUUCUAUAAAAGAGACUCGUUCUCCCUGGAAGAUACCUUCUAGACAUUGCUUGAUAGAACCCACGAAUACUAUGUUGUAAUUAAACCUUCCCAUGCCUGUGUCAGGCUCUUGAUAAUCACUUUUAGAUAGAUCACUGUGACAGGCGCUUUAUAUACAUUAUUGCUGAUCUUUUUGACAACCCAGAAAGGUAGAUAUUACUCUGUAUCUUAGAGAUGAGACAUAACCCAGAAAGGUAACUACUACUCUGUAUCUUAGAGACUAUUGUUGUUAGAUGCCAUCCAGUUGAUUCUGACUCAUAGCAGCCCCAUAUGACACAGCAGAACCGCCCCAUAGGAUUUCCUGGGCAGCAACGAUUGUGAGGACAGCGCAGGAUCAGACAGUGUUUCAUUCGGUUGUACAGAGGGUGCUAUGAGUUGGAACUGACUCAACGGCACCUAACAACAACAACAAUCUUUAUGGAAACUAGGGCAUGGAAACUCUUAAGAAAUCAAGUAACUUGUCUAAGAUGAGGCAGAAUUUAAAUGUAGGUAAUGACCUGAAGGGGCCCUGGUGACGCAGUAGUUAAGUGUUUGGCUGCUAACCAAAAGGUCAGCAGUAUGAAUCCAUCAGCUGCUCCUUGGAAACCCUGUAAGUCAGUUCUUCUCUGUCCUAUAGGGUCACUAUGAGUCAAAAUCGACUCAAUGGCAAUGGGUUUUUGGGUAAUGACCUGAAAACCUAUACUCUUUCCUCUACUGGCCUAGCAAUGCUAUAUUCCCCAAAUACUGAAAAUUGGAGCAUCAUAACAGUACAGGGACAAACAUCUCUGUGGGUACACCAUGAAAAAAAAAGAAAUACAGAAGAAGGCUUAGAAUUUUCAGGACUGCUAGUUUAAGAUUCUAGUGGUUUGUCUAAGAUCCCAAUGAACUUGUAAUUGGCUUUCUCGUGCACACUAUGUACCUGGACUCUUUGGAUUCUUGUCUAUAAGACUCUUAUCCUUCAUGUGGCUAGUGGCUCUCCUAGCAUUAAAUAGGAUUUAUUUACAAAAGAUAAAAUAUAUCUGAAAGCUGAGAAGCCUUUGUCUUUUUCCUGUGCAGAACCCAGACUACUGGCCAUUUUGUUUUCCAAAAUGGCCGUUUAGGUCAUCUGAACACAGGAAAUACAGCUUUUUUCUUUUUUCAUCAUCCUCAUAUUUUAUUAAACACCCAUUUAAACAUGUUGCUGUAUUCUGAAAGGAUUAUAUACAUUCAAUUAGCUACAGUGAGAACAGUGGUAUUUUAGCAUUUUCAGAAAAACUGAUCUGGGAUUUGCUAGAUAAUUUUUAAGUGUAAAAAAUGUAUACAGUAUGAGUAUGUUCUUCAUUAAACAAAGAUUCAAACAAGAACUUAACAUAAAAGAUAAAAAGCCCCUUUCACCUUCCUGCCCCAAACCUGCUUUUUCCUAGAGGUAACCACUGCCAGUAGUUUGGUGUGUAUUC